GUCUAUUAUGUGCCGUUGUCCGAAUUCCGAAGAGAGGUUAAAAUUGUUUUGAAUUUAGACGACUCACGAAGAGAGAUCAAUUGUUUGUAUUAUUUACGAAGAUGAGUCGAAAGGAAGCAUUAUCUCAAUUUAUACAACAAAUUCAUGGUCGACCUGUUGUUGUAAAACUGAACAGUGGCGUCGAUUAUAGAGGUGUACUAGCUUGUAUAGAUGGCUACAUGAACAUAGCACUUGAACAAACAGAAGAGUAUGUUAAUGGACAAUUAAAGGAUAAAUACGGAGAUGCUUUUAUACGGGGAAACAAUGUGUUGUACAUCAGUACACAGAAACGUAGAAAUUAAUCAUGAAAUAUAAAUAACUAAAAACUAAA